UGUUGCUUCUCUGACGCAUUUUACUUCGAUCGGUCUCUCGGUGUUUACGGAGAUGGACGCGGCGAAGGUGAAGGAGCUGCGGCUUUUCGUCGAGCAGUGCAAGAACAAUCCGGCUAUCCUCAGCGACCCUUCCAUCGCCUUCUUCCGAGACUACCUCGAGAGCUUGGGCGCGAAGCUUCCUCCCGCCGCUUACAAGCCCGAGGAGUCGCCCCGAACUCGCGAUGCGAGAAGCCAAAUGGUGGAUGAAAUGGAUGAAGAUCUUGAUGAGGAUGAUCUCAAUGGAAAGGAGCCUGCUUCAGUAGAGCAUGAAUCUGAUGAUGAGAUUGUUGAAUCUGACAUUGAGCUUCAAGGAGAAACUGUAGAACCUGACAAUGAUGCACCACAAAAGAUGGGAGACCCAUCUACCGAGGUAACAGAAGAAAGCCGUGAUGCUUCUCAAGAGGCCAAAGGGAAAGCUAUGGAAGCAAUUUCGGAUGGGAAGUUGGAUGAGGCCAUCGAGCAUCUUACGGAGGCUAUAUUGCUGAAUCCAACAUCAGCAAUCAUGUAUGCAACCAGAGCAUCUGUGUAUAUGAAGAUGAAGAAACCAAAUGCUGCAAUUCGCGAUGCAAAUGCUGCUUUGGAGAUCAACCCUGACUCUGCAAAAGGCUACAAAUCCCGUGGCAUGGCUUUAGCUAUGCUUGGGAAAUGGGAGGAGGCUGCCAAAGAUCUUCACCUGGCAUCCAAAUUGGAUUAUGAUGAGGAGAUAAAUGCUGUGCUUAAGAAGGUUGAACCCAAUGCACACAAGAUUGAAGAACAUCGUAGAAAGUAUGAUAGAUUGCGAAAGGAGAGAGAAGAAAAGAAAAUUGAGCGUGAGAGGCAGCGACGUCGAGCGGAGGCUCAGGCUGCUUAUGAGAAGGCAAAGAGGGAAGAACAAUCAUCAAGUAGACCAUCAGGAGGUAUGCCAGGUGGGUUCCCUGGUGGUAAGCCCGGAGGGUUCCCAGGGGGUAUGCCUGGAGGUUUCCCAGGAGGUAUGCCUGGAGGUUUCCCAGGUGCCAUGCCGGGUGGUGUACCUGGAAAUAUCGAUAUGAGCAAAAUUCUGAAUGAUCCUGAACUAAUGGCAGCAUUUAAUGAUCCAGAGAUCAUGGCUGCUCUCCAAGAUGUGAUGAAUAACCCGGCAAGUUUGGCUAAACACCAAGCCAAUCCCAAAGUAGCUCCUGUUAUUGCAAAGAUGAUGGGGAAAUUUGCUGGAGCCAAGUAACAGCAUUUGACAGUUCGUAGUCCGUUUACGGUGUUUGAAUAGGUUGAUAUGAUUCAGAAUUGUUAAAUAGUGAUUCCUGUGUUCAAUGUUGGAUCCAUGUAUAUUGAGUGGAUUUAGCAGUUGUUCCUUGAUUGGUGGUUUGUUGGUCGGUGAUUUGGAGUUUAAUUGGUUCUUAACUGGAACUUCCUCUGGUUCCUAAACCUUAACCGCAUAAGGUAGCAAGGUUGCUUCUGGCAGGCGGAUUCUUUUCCUUGACCGAUAGCUUGAGCUAACGUUGCCUUCUUAUCCAAA